AUGGGAGGAGCACAACCAAAAGAAAGAGAACAAUGGUUGGAUAGGGAUCUGAAUCACCUGAUUUUGAAUCAUAAUGUUUUCGAUGACCGUAAUGUGGAUGAGAGGAAAAAGGAUGUGCUCCAAGGUGUAGAGUGGCUAGAGCAUGAUGGACCAUACAUAGCAAGUCAAAUGCAUCCAAAACCCACUGGAAACCAAUGUCCACGUGGGGGUAGGAUGAGGAUCAUACCAUCAGUAACUCAACUACAAACCAAAACCCUGCCACUGGAAACUGAUAACCAUGUUGGGGUAGGAAAAAAGAUCAUAUCAUCUACAAGUCAACUUCAGUCCAAAACCCAGCCAUCAGGAAUGACAUACAUUAGGAUAGAAGCAAAAAUUAUCUUAGAUAUUAGUGCCACAAAUGUUGAUUUUGGAGCAGCAUUGAAACAAGUCCAGUGUGAUAUACUGGAAUGUGAAAACAUCAGAUCAUCUCAACAUUUAAUAGCAGUGAAAGAUCAGGUAGUGCCACACACUUAUGAUUCUGCCUAUUUAUCUAACUGGGCAACCGCAGUUCACGAUCAGUCUUCUUCGACAUCACAGCAAAUCCCCAGUUAUUACAAGAUUGAGGUGGUUCUUGAUGGUCAACAAAAUCACCUCACACACAGAAUUAUUCAGAAGUUAAAAAACUCUCUUGCAAAACAGCUUGGCUUAGCCAGUGACAGCAUUGGUAUUAGUGAAGUCCAGGCUUAUGAAAGCUAUGCCGUAUAUAAAACUAUUGGAUUACAUGGAAAGAACAUGAAUUUUUAUCCACAGGAAGGACGAGUAGAAGCCUAUGUAUUAUUUUCCGUAGUAGACACGAUCAUUUUUAACCAGGUAGUACGUAACAAUGCAUUUGUUCUUCUUCCUGCAACACUGAUAUUACAGACAGUGUCCUUAGAGCAACUCCAGGCAGAUAUGGCCCCUGUGAAAGUAAUGGGAUUGAAAGCUAAAGAACCUCAAAAGAUUGCAUUUGCUGUUGAAGGAAUCCAAGAUGAUCGGAUGUGGAAUUUCUUUCAAAGACACAUGUCAUCAAGGCAGUUGCCCGUUAUAAUUUCCUGCACUUUUUUCUUUUAUCGACGAGACACAAAGAAGAGACUUGAUAUAGAAGAAGCAAGAGAAGUAGUUUAUCAGCCAAUAUUGAAGCCAAGUGUAAGUGAAGCGGAUACAAUUCAGCCAGAAAGUAGGGAUAGCUAUUUAACUGAAACUGAAUCGGAAUGCACAUCAAGUCCACGUCGAAGUCCUCUAAGGAUUAAGGCCAAAGGUUUACUGGAAAGGAGGGGCUCUAAUGCAUCAUUAACUCUUGAUCUGAAUCAUUCUAUGGAAAAUAUCAAUUAUGGAACAACUCCUAAGGAAUGCUCAGUAGAAGAAUACCUUCUAUCUGCAGGCAACAGAAUCACCAAAAAACAGCUUCGAAACUGUCUUAAGGAUGUUAAAGCUCUCCACCGUGAAUUUUGGGAUAUACCUAUGAAUUACCCAGAAAAAGUGGAAAUACCUGGAGCAGGAACAAAAAAUCGCUACAAAACAAUCAUGCCCAAUGAAAAGAGUCGUGUCCAACUAACUGAAGAGGAUGAUCUGUUAUCUGGAUACAUCAAUGCUAAUUACAUAAGGGGUUAUGAUGGUGAACCAAAGGCCUUCAUUGGUACUCAGGGACCUAUGGCCCACACUGUUAAUGACUUUUGGAAGAUGGUUUGGCAAGAAAAGUCUCCCAUCAUUGUAAUGAUAACAAAGUUACGGGAGAACAACAAGGUUAAAUGUGAAUUGUACAUUCCUGAAAACAGUGGGGUUUAUGGAAUAGUCAAUGUUUCGGUUGUCAAAGUAAUACCCAGGGAUGGCUAUACCAUAAGGGAACUGUUCCUUAAGUGUGGAGAUGAAGCUCACCAAGUUCUACAUUUCUGGUAUACAGCUUGGCCUGAUCAUAAAACUCCCAGCACGGCAAAACAGCUAGUAGCUAUGGCUCUCGAAGUGGAAGCUUUGCGAUUCAACAAUAAUGGAGAUGUCAAAGGACCCACCAUUGUACAUUGCAGUGCUGGAAUUGGGAGGACAGGAUGUUUCAUUGCCACGAGUAUAGGGAUUCAGCAAUUGAUGGAAGAAAAUAUGGCUGAUGUACUAGGGAUUGUUUGUGCGCUACGUUUAGAUAGAGGAGGAAUGGUUCAAACUGCUGAACAGUAUGAAUUUGUCCACCAGGCUCUUUGCAUGUUUGUUAACAGCAUUCCUAAUGAAGCUGGAGACUGAUUUCUGGUCACUCCAUAUUCAGCAAAUUAGACACGUGCCCGAAGCUAAUGAGUCCACAUCAUUCCAAGCAACAACUUUGAUAAUACCAUUUCUACCACCGUGGUCGAGAUCUGUAGCUGUGAAGGCUUCACCAUAAGAACUGUUUACAGAACUAACUAAAUGUUUUAGCUGAAAUGCUGAGUGAAACAUUCUACAUUCAUUGUUGUAAUAAUGUUAGUGGAUGUGCUUGUUUAACUUGGAAAUCGGUACACAUUUUUUUUUGUCUGUCAUAUGAGUAUUAUUACUUUCUUUAGAAUUAUUGUACAUGUAAGAAAACCUUUUGAUAAUCACACAUUGUCAUGUGAUUUACUUGACUAAAAAUUUUAUUGAUGUACUGUGUUGUUAGAGACUGGUGAGAUAGCUUUUCUUAGGACUGCACUUGUAUCACCAUUGACCAUUCGAUUACUCGCUGUAAAUUGUGGGAAAACAUUGCAGAAAACAAUUUAAUAUGGUUUUAUAUAAAAUUACUUUGUAUAUGACUUUCUUUCUUUUUUUUAUUGUUAAUUUUCUGUUGUGAGGCCAAAAUAAACCGACUCACCAGUUUUGACCCGUGUUGUACAAUAUGUUAGUUGCUGUAAAGACCUAUCAGAAACAUAGUAUUUUAUUCAUAUGUGGUAGCUUUUGUUUUACAAUUAUGUGUUUCAUCUUGUGACUGGAUGUCAUUGUUGUGAUGGAAAAAUAGGUAGUAGGAACCUUGCACUAGCAUUCGUACGUGUAGUCAAAUGGAUAAGGCCAAGCAAAGUGAUUUUUUUGUUUACCUAACCAGUAAUAGGACGGUAGUUUAUAAUUAAUGCUGGUCUCACUAAAUCUUUUUAAAACUUGAACAAGAUGGAAUACAAUUGUUCUUGAAUGAUCUGAUCUAGUAAGUAAUAACUUUUCUGUACAUUGUUAUUCAUUUCCAACAGUUAUGGGAAGAGGAUCAAAGAACUAGAAGUUUUUAUCCAUUAACUGAUCAAGCAUAACUUAGAUCAACUUAGAAUUAAACAAAAUCAGUUGGUUCACAUUUUUUACACUUUUAUAAGAAAUCACGAGUGUUUAAGUUGUAAGCUUCCUAAGGAACUUUGAUAUUGAUUUUACAGAUCUUUAUCUCACUAAAAUGUACACAGUAUAGUGAAACUAGUGAUGCUAAGUGCAAGCAAUGCAAAUGUUUUAAAGCAUUUACUGCUAAAGUAAGAUUCUCAGUUCUGCUGGAAUAAGUUAGGGUUUUCUCUGACAUAAACUUAUCACAAUAACUUGUUCAUUUUUGGGGCCUUGUUACUAGUUAUCUUUAAACUUUCUAGUACGUGUUUCCAAUUGUGCUAUUCAGCAAACGUGUAAUUUCUUUUUCCUGUCGGUUUGGUUUGAAUUCAGUACGUCUUUCACAUCCAUAUACUUGAGGACAGUGCCCAACAAUUCUAGCUGGUUGUUAAGUGAUUUGAAGAGAAUUCCAGGAAAAUACGAAGGAGAAAAGGGUUAAAUCUUUUACAUUUAAACCAUGAACUUCUGCAAAUGGUUGUCGGAUACCUUUGCUGAGAAGGAAAAUUAACUGAUGGAAACUUUGAUUGGCUCUACUAGAGCCACACUGUAUGUAUGUAGAGUCACUGCAUUCCUUAAUUACAUACUGAAUAUUUGGUUAUGCUGCAUGAACGGUUUAAGCUCCUUCAGUUGAAGUUCUGGAGUUUUAAAAUGCUUUUAACUUUCAUGAAGACAUCAUGCACCUGUUACUUUGAUGUAACUGGAAAUAUUUAUCAUGGAUCAUGAUAAUAUACUUUAAGGUUUCUCAAGGGAAUCUUGAUUAAAGCUAUUAUUUUUUUACAUCUCUUGCAAGUUUCAACCACAGUAUUUGAUGAGUGAUACCUUUUUCAUGUUGACCAUUCUUUUUUUCUAUGCUGUCCAUUCCUUUUUUUUUAUCCAUGAUUUCAACAUUCUAGAAUCUGAGGUUCAAGACUACCAUAAUUUAUUCUGAAGGAUUUUACCAUGAACCAAAUGCUUCAUCUCUUAUAGCACAAAGGAAGUUGGGAUUAAUUGCUUGGAAUAAAGCAAUGUAAAAUAACUGUGCUGACAUAUAGGAUAAAUUGUGAUCGGGAAUACCAUCGAUAUAU